AUGCGUUCAGCCUUCCCCAGAACGGCGCUCUUGAGCGCAACCCGGGCUUCGCGAUUCCUCCCCGCGCAUCGCCCUGCCCGCUUCUACAGCAUCAAGGCCGAGGCCGCUUCUCAAUCAAAACAGCGCCCUCUGGAUGCUUCAAGACUUUCCGUGCAGGAGACCACGACGCCCAAGCGCUUGAGCAAGCCCGAGGACCUCGUCUUUGGCAGGUCGUUUACCGACCACAUGCUUGCCAUUGAGUGGACAAAGGACGAUGGAUGGCUCGAGCCUCGCAUCACUCCCUACCAGAACCUGUCUCUCGAUCCGGCCACCUGCGUUUUCCACUAUGCCUUUGAGUGCUUCGAGGGCAUGAAGGCUUACAAGGACAAGAAUGGCGACAUUCGGAUCUUCCGCCCCGACAAGAACAUGGCCCGUCUUAACAAGUCGGCUGCUCGAAUUGCCCUGCCCACCUUUGAGCCCACCGUCCUCCUUGAGCUCAUCUCCAAGCUCGCCAAGCUCGACUCUCGCUUCAUCCCUGACCAGCGAGGCUACUCCCUCUACCUGCGACCUACCUUGAUUGGCACCCAGCGCACUCUCGGUGUUGGCGCCCCCGGCUCUGCCCUGCUCUACGUGAUUGCCUCUCCUGUUGGCCCUUACUACCCCACCGGCUUCAAGGCCGUCUCUCUCGAGGCCACCAACUACGCCGUCCGCGCUUGGCCCGGUGGUGUUGGUGACAAGAAGCUUGGUGCCAACUAUGCUCCUUGCAUUGUUCCCCAGCAGGAGGCUGCCAGCCGUGGCUUCCAGCAGAACCUGUGGCUCUUUGGCGAGGAGGAGUUCGUCACUGAGGUCGGCACCAUGAACAUGUUCGCCGCUAUCAAGGACAAGGUUACCGGCCAGAAGGAGCUCGUCACUGCUCCUCUCGACGGCACCAUCCUCGAGGGCGUUACCCGAGACUCUGUCCUCGCGCUGGCCCGUGAGCGUCUUGCUCCCGAGGGCUGGAAGAUUAGCGAGCGCAAGUUUACCAUGGCAGAGCUGGCUCAGGCCUCCAAGGAGGGCCGCUUGCUCGAGGCCUUUGGGUCCGGAACCGCCGCCAUUGUCAGCCCCAUCAGGAAGAUUUCGUGGAAGGGCGAGCUCAUCGACUGCGGCCUGAAGGAGACUGAAGAAUCUGGCGAGAUUGCGCUCAAGGUCAAGGAGUGGAUGGAGGCCAUCCAGUACGGCGACAUUGAGCACGAGUGGAGCUUCAAGGUGUAA